UUUUUCUUCUUCAAGCUCUUCUAUUUAAGCCUUCCUAUUCCACUUUGUUCUGCUUUCUUAACCGCUCUUCCUCUCUUCUGCUUUCUAUAAUUUUCUGUUGUUAUUGCCUUCUUCUGCAAAUAUAUACAUACACACAACCCUCUCUAAAUUUCUGUGUAUUGUUCAUAUGGAAGAAGCUACUGUUGUGAACAAAGGAGACGACUUGAUCGAGUUGCCACCCGGGUUUCGUUUCCACCCCACCGAUGAAGAGAUAAUUUCUCAUUAUCUCACUGAGAAAGUCAUGAAUAGCGGCUUUGCUGCAUGUGCGAUUGGUGAAGCCGAUUUGAAUAAGUGUGAACCGUGGGAUUUGCCUAAGAAAGCAAAGAUGGGUGAGAAAGAAUGGUACUUUUUCUGCCAAAGAGACAGAAAAUAUCCAACUGGGAUGAGAACAAAUCGAGCUACUGAAGCUGGAUAUUGGAAGGCUACUGGUAAAGAUAAAGAGAUUUAUAAGGGAAAAGGCUGCCUUGUUGGGAUGAAGAAGACUCUUGUUUUCUACAAAGGAAGAGCUCCUAAAGGAGAGAAGACCAAUUGGGUUAUCCAUGAAUAUAGAUUAGAAGGCAAACUCUCCUAUUACAAUCUUCCCAAAACUGCUCAGGAUGAAUGGGUUGUGUGUAGGGUUUUUCACAAGAACACAGGGAUCAAGAAGAGUCCUCCAAUUUCAGGCCUUUUGAGGAUCAACCCUUAUGGUGAUGAUUUAUUGGAUUAUUCUUCACUUCCACCUCUCAUGGAUCCUGCUUACAACUCCAGCAAACCUGGUUCAAGCUUCACAGAUAAUGAAAAUGAAUCCAAAGCCAUCAAUACUGCUUCGACAUCAAGAUCUUCAGAUGGAAAUUACCUCUCAUACCUUCACAGCAACAGCAACAACAACCAAGCCUUUCUUCAUCCUGCAAAUAGUACUAAUUACCAAACACAAACCUCCAAUUUUUACCCUCAAAUACCAAUCUCAUCAAAUCCUAAUCUUUUCUCACACCAGUACAUUCCAAAUCCUGCAGUCUACUUGCACCAAGGACUAAGGAACCAUUCUGGUGCAACAAGCUUGCCCGGUUCCGGUGUCACCGCCCCCGAUCAGGUGAUUUUACAGGCAUUAGCAGCCGGCAAUGAAAGGCCUAAAAUGGAGAACAAUCAGUGCAAAGUGGAGCAGUUUUCAUCGAAUCAAUCCAUGGUCAGCCGCUCACAAGACACUGGACCUAGCACAGACAUGAACAACACUGAGAUAUCAUCAGUUGUAUCAAAGCAAGACUUGGCAGGCAACAAAUCUUAUGAAGAUCUUGAAGGUCCUUCAGUUGGUUGCUCCUUAGCUGAUCUAGAUGGCUUCUGUUGGGAGGAUUACUAUACUGAUCAUGAACGAUUUCAAUCCACCGAUUAUCAUUAAAUUAAUUAAUCAUCAGCUUGUUUGUUUCGUAAUUAAUUUCUUAGGAUCAGUCUAUGUGAUUUGGAUUCUGAAUUACUUGUAUAGUGAUUAAACUGCAGCGAAAGAUUCCCUGGAAAUAUUAAUCUAUUCUUUCUGUA